AUGUGUGAAAAAGUUUCAAAUAGAGAAACAGAAACGGCAAAACGUCUUUGGUCCAGCCUACUAGAUGAAGUAACAAACAAAGCUAAAGUUGGUCUGUCGGACUCCAAAAAUCUUGUCGUAUUUGGUGACGAUCAGUGCGGAAAAUCAACUUUGAUUUGUCGGCUUCAAGGCAAUGAAGACAAGCGGGAAGGAUUUGGUCUGGAAUAUGAUAUAAUCGAGGUGAAAGAUGAAGUUAAAGAUGGUAGUUAUUCAAAUAACAUAAUAACAUUUAACUUAGUUUCCGCAAACCUGAGCGUCUUCGUUAUAGAUGGAAACCCUAUUCAAAGCUAUCUGUUAAAAUAUGUGAUGACUGAGGACUCGUUCAACGACCAAAUGGCUAUUAUAGUCGUCAGCAUAAAUGAACCUUGGAAAAUAAUUGAAGCUUUGGAAAAAUGGGCAGAAAUACUUAAUAAACACAUCAGUAAACUAAAACUGUCAAAAAAAAUGAUAAAAGUUUGCAAAUCAAGGAUUUCAAAAGAAUUUUAUGGCUACGCUGAGCCAGAAGCGUCAACAAAUGAUAUUAUUAAUCCAGUAAAUUUAGCUUCACUGUCCACUGUGUAUGCAACAUCUCAAGAAACUACCCCUCAGUUAUCAUUUUUAAAUGAUAAUGAGUCGUUUAUUGAAGAAAUGUACGAGGAUAAUGUAUUAAAUAACAAUCUUGGUGUGCCGUUAAUCGUUGUUGUAACAAAGACGGACUUAAUGAAGAUAAUGAUCAAAGAAAAUCAAUAUUCAGAAGAACAUUUUGAUUUUAUACAAAUGCAUAUACGACGAUUUUGUCUUUCGUAUGGAGCAGCAUUAUUUUAUGUGUCAGUGAAAGAAGAUAAAAACUGUGAUUUACUAAAUCGUUACAUUCGGCAUCGUAUUUAUGGGUUUCCUUUUAGUCAAAGUGCGUAUAUAGUAGAAGGAGAUUGUAUUUUCAUUCCAGCAGGUUGGGAUAAUCAUAAAAAGAUUAAUAUCCUAGGUGAAAAUUUAACAAAAAUCAAUGCACAGCAUCCUUUUUCUACCGUUAUCCCAAGACCAGUACCACGUAAAGCAAUUCACAGAGAACCAGAGAUCAUGGCCAUUGAUGAACAGGCUUUUCUCCUUCGACUUUCAACAAUCAAAGAAAACGAGAACAUAGAUCCUAACAUGCUAAAAGAAUUUUUAGGCUCUGGGGGUUUACCGUCCAAUUCAAAACAGCCUACAAAUAGUUUUAAAAUUGGAUCAGGUGCUAAAACCAUGGAUGAUAACAGUCGUUUACUGGUCAGUCCAACCCCUAUAUUUCGUACAAAAAUUUCUCCAGUAGGUCCAACAAAUAAUUUAACUAGCACUCCUUCUAUACAAGGUACUUCAGAUGGCGUACUAGCUGAUUUCUUUUCAAAUCUGCUUAAAAAGCGACCAGUUGUAAAUAACACUACUGGAGAAACGUCUACUGAGCCUCAGCUUCAACGUACAUCACUAUCAUCAGACCAAAAAGACAAACAACAAGACAACAUGGAUACAAGUGUAAAAUGUUCAAGGAACAGCAUAGAUAAAGACGAAUACACGGAGACAGAUCAUGAAAAAGCGAAAAACGAGAGUGACGAUAAAACAAAUAAUGCGUCAGGAAAAGUAGAAAAAGAUAAACCUCAACAGAAGCAACAAUAUGAGAUAACAAAAGGAAAUAAUGGAAGCGAAGAGUUGGAAAAAUUACUAAGGUACAAAGAAAAUAUACAGUCAAAAAGGGAAAAUACAAAUAGCGAGUUACAAGAGACGAGUAAUCAGAACCUCCAAAAUCAAAACAAAACUCCCACUGAACUCAGAGAAAAAAUUGGUGAAGUGGAUAGGGCACAAAAAUUCAACGCUCCUUUGGUCGCUUGUAUGAAUGCGUCGAAGACACACUUAGAUCCAAUGACUGAUCAACCACCUGUUGUCGAGUUGUCACAAACAUCAGAUAACCUGACUGACCACAUUGACACAGAGCAUCUAAACAACCAACUCCACACCUCUUCUAACAACACAAAUCCCACUGAUCUCAACGACGAAAUCAAUGAAGUGGACAGUGCACCGAACUCCGAGUCGACAAUUGUUCCGAGUCACAUAUCUCCAUUGUUAGGACACACCUCGGAAACCAGUAUCACUACAAUUCGCAGUGACACGAUGACUGAAGGUCGUUCUGACGAGAAUCACGGACUACCUGAGACUAGUCAUCAGGACCUCCAAAAUCAAAACAAAACUCCCACUGAACUCAGAGAAAAAAUUGGUGAAGUGGAUAGGGCACAAAAAUUCAACGCUCCUUUGGUCGCUUGUAUGAAUGCGUCGAAGACACACUUAGAUCCAAUGACUGAUCAACCACCUGUUGUCGAGUUGUCACAAACAUCAGAUAACCUGACUGACCACAUUGACACAGAGCAUCUAAACAACCAACUCCACACCUCUUCUGACAGCACAAAUCCCACUGAUCUUAACGACGAAAUCAAUGAAGUGGACAGUGCACCGAACUCCGAGUCGACAAUUGUUCCGAGUCACAUAUCUCCAUUGUUAGGACACACCUCGGAAACCAGUAUCACUACAAUUCGCAGUGACACGAUGACUGAAGGUCGUUCUGACGAGAAUCACGGACUACCUGAGACUAGUCAUCAGGACCUCCAAAAUCAAAACAAAACUCCCACUGAACUCAGAGAAAAAAUUGGUGAAGUGGAUAGGGCACAAAAAUUCAACGCUCCUUUGGUCGCUUGUAUGAAUGCGUCGAAGACACACUUAGAUCCAAUGACUGAUCAACCACCUGUUGUCGAGUUGUCACAAACAUCAGAUAACCUGACUGACCACAUUGACACAGAGCAUCUAAACAACCAACUCCACACCUCUUCUGACAGCACAAAUCCCACUGAUCUUAACGACGAAAUCAAUGAAGUGGACAGUGCACCGAACUCCGAGUCGACAAUUGUUCCGAGUCACAUAUCUCCAUUGUUAGGACACACCUCGGAAACCAGUAUCACUACAAUUCGCAGUGACACGAUGACUGAAGGUCGUUCUGACGAGAAUCACGGACUACCUGAGACUAGUCAUCAGGACCUCCAAAAUCAAAACAAAACUCCCACUGAACUCAGAGAAAAAAUUGGUGAAGUGGAUAGGGCACAAAAAUUCAACGCUCCUUUGGUCGCUUGUAUGAAUGCGUCGAAGACACACUUAGAUCCAAUGACUGAUCAACCACCUGUUGUCGAGUUGUCACAAACAUCAGAUAACCUGACUGACCACAUUGACACAGAGCAUCUAAACAACCAACUCCACACCUCUUCUGACAGCACAAAUCCCACUGAUCUUAACGACGAAAUCAAUGAAGUGGACAGUGCACCGAACUCCGAGUCGACAAUUGUUCCGAGUCACAUAUCUCCAUUGUUAGGACACACCUCGGAAACCAGUAUCACUACAAUUCGCAGUGACACGAUGACUGAAGGUCGUUCUGACGAGAAUCACGGACUACCUGAGACUAGUCAUCAGGACCUCCAAAAUCAAAACAAAACUCCCACUGAACUCAGAGAAAAAAUUGGUGAAGUGGAUAGGGCACAAAAAUUCAACGCUCCUUUGGUCGCUUGUAUGAAUGCGUCGAAGACACACUUAGAUCCAAUGACUGAUCAACCACCUGUUGUCGAGUUGUCACAAACAUCAGAUAACCUGACUGACCACAUUGACACAGAGCAUCUAAACAACCAACUCCACACCUCUUCUGACAGCACAAAUCCCACUGAUCUCAACGACGAAAUCAAUGAAGUGGACAGUGCACCGAACUCCGAGUCGACAAUUGUUCCGAGUCACAUAUCUCCAUUGUUAGGACACACCUCGGAAACCAGUAUCACUACAAUUCGCAGUGACACGAUGACUGAAGGUCGUUCUGACGAGAAUCACGGACUACCUGAGACUAGUCAUCAGGACCUCCAAAAUCAAAACAAAACUCCCACUGAACUCAGAGAAAAAAUUGGUGAAGUGGAUAGGGCACAAAAAUUCAACGCUCCUUUGGUCGCUUGUAUGAAUGCGUCGAAGACACACUUAGAUCCAAUGACUGAUCAACCACCUGUUGUCGAGUUGUCACAAACAUCAGAUAACCUGACUGACCACAUUGACACAGAGCAUCUAAACAACCAACUCCACACCUCUUCUGACAGCACAAAUCCCACUGAUCUCAACGACGAAAUCAAUGAAGUGGACAGUGCACCGAACUCCGAGUCGACAAUUGUUCCGAGUCACAUAUCUCCAUUGUUAGGACACACCUCGGAAACCAGUAUCACUACAAUUCGCAGUGACACGAUGACUGAAGGUCGUUCUGACGAGAAUCACGGACUACCUGAGACUAGUCAUCAGGACCUCCAAAAUCAAAACAAAACUCCCACUGAACUCAGAGAAAAAAUUGGUGAAGUGGAUAGGGCACAAAAAUUCAACGCUCCUUUGGUCGCUUGUAUGAAUGCGUCGAAGACACACUUAGAUCCAAUGACUGAUCAACCACCUGUUGUCGAGUUGUCACAAACAUCAGAUAACCUGACUGACCACAUUGACACAGAGCAUCUAAACAACCAACUCCACACCUCUUCUGACAGCACAAAUCCCACUGAUCUUAACGACGAAAUCAAUGAAGUGGACAGUGCACCGAACUCCGAGUCGACAAUUGUUCCGAGUCACAUAUCUCCAUUGUUAGGACACACCUCGGAAACCAGUAUCACUACAAUUCGCAGUGACACGAUGACUGAAGGUCGUUCUGACGAGAAUCACGGACUACCUGAGACUAGUCAUCAGGACCUCCAAAAUCAAAACAAAACUCCCACUGAACUCAGAGAAAAAAUUGGUGAAGUGGAUAGGGCACAAAAAUUCAACGCUCCUUUGGUCGCUUGUAUGAAUGCGUCGAAGACACACUUAGAUCCAAUGACUGAUCAACCACCUGUUGUCGAGUUGUCACAAACAUCAGAUAACCUGACUGACCACAUUGACACAGAGCAUCUAAACAACCAACUCCACACCUCUUCUGACAGCACAAAUCCCACUGAUCUUAACGACGAAAUCAAUGAAGUGGACAGUGCACCGAACUCCGAGUCGACAAUUGUUCCGAGUCACAUAUCUCCAUUGUUAGGACACACCUCGGAAACCAGUAUCACUACAAUUCGCAGUGACACGAUGACUGAAGGUCGUUCUGACGAGAAUCACGGACUACCUGAGACUAGUCAUCAGGACCUCCAAAAUCAAAACAAAACUCCCACUGAACUCAGAGAAAAAAUUGGUGAAGUGGAUAGGGCACAAAAAUUCAACGCUCCUUUGGUCGCUUGUAUGAAUGCGUCGAAGACACACUUAGAUCCAAUGACUGAUCAACCACCUGUUGUCGAGUUGUCACAAACAUCAGAUAACCUGACUGACCACAUUGACACAGAGCAUCUAAACAACCAACUCCACACCUCUUCUGACAGCACAAAUCCCACUGAUCUCAACGACGAAAUCAAUGAAGUGGACAGUGCACCGAACUCCGAGUCGACAAUUGUUCCGAGUCACAUAUCUCCAUUGUUAGGACACACCUCGGAAACCAGUAUCACUACAAUUCGCAGUGACACGAUGACUGAAGGUCGUUCUGACGAGAAUCACGGACUACCUGAGACUAGUCAUCAGGACCUCCAAAAUCAAAACAAAACUCCCACUGAACUCAGAGAAAAAAUUGGUGAAGUGGAUAGGGCACAAAAAUUCAACGCUCCUUUGGUCGCUUGUAUGAAUGCGUCGAAGACACACUUAGAUCCAAUGACUGAUCAACCACCUGUUGUCGAGUUGUCACAAACAUCAGAUAACCUGACUGACCACAUUGACACAGAGCAUCUAAACAACCAACUCCACAUCUCUUCUAACAACACAAAUCCCACUGAUCUCAACGACGAAAUCAAUGAAGUGGACAGUGCACCGAACUCCGAGUCGACAAUUGUUCCGAGUCACAUAUCUCCAUUGUUAGGACACACCUCGGAAACCAGUAUCACUACAAUUCGCAGUGACACGAUGACUGAAGGUCGUUCUGACGAGAAUCACGGACUACCUGAGACUAGUCAUCAGGACCUCCAAAAUCAAAACAAAACUCCCACUGAACUCAGAGAAAAAAUUGGUGAAGUGGAUAGGGCACAAAAAUUCAACGCUCCUUUGGUCGCUUGUAUGAAUGCGUCGAAGACACACUUAGAUCCAAUGACUGAUCAACCACCUGUUGUCGAGUUGUCACAAACAUCAGAUAACCUGACUGACCACAUUGACACAGAGCAUCUAAACAACCAACUCCACAUCUCUUCUAACAACACAAAUCCCACUGAUCUCAACGACGAAAUCAAUGAAGUGGACAGUGCACCGAACUCCGAGUCGACAAUUGUUCCGAGUCACAUAUCUCCAUUGUUAGGACACACCUCGGAAACCAGUAUCACUACAAUUCGCAGUGACACGAUGACUGAAGGUCGUUCUGACGAGAAUCACGGACUACCUGAGACUAGUCAUCAGGACCUCCAAAAUCAAAACAAAACUCCCACUGAACUCAGAGAAAAAAUUGGUGAAGUGGAUAGGGCACAAAAAUUCAACGCUCCUUUGGUCGCUUGUAUGAAUGCGUCGAAGACACACUUAGAUCCAAUGACUGAUCAACCACCUGUUGUCGAGUUGUCACAAACAUCAGAUAACCUGACUGACCACAUUGACACAGAGCAUCUAAACAACCAACUCCACAUCUCUUCUAACAACACAAAUCCCACUGAUCUAACGACGAAAUCAAUGAAGUGGACAGUGCACCGAACUCCGAGUCGACAAUUGUUCCGAGUCACAUAUCUCCAUUGUUAG